AUGGGUUCGCUGUUUUGCUGCUCUAAUGUGGCCCCUUAUCGUCCACGCAUCCUGGACCACGAGUCCAAGUUUACACAGUUUGUGGAUUGGGCUAAAUUACAGAAAGAAACUUCUAUCAUCAGCACCUCUGAACAGCUCACUAAACCAUCAUAUGCCAUUCAAGUUGUCUGCCAAAUAAAUUAUGGGCCCCAAGAAUGGAUUCGGUAUUUCAUACCCCACGAUUGUUGGACAUUCAGCGAGGUCAACGAGAAACAACUCAUUGACGCGAAUUUCCAAAAGCUCAACUCCUUACACAAUAAAUUCUUCGAAAUUAACCUCUAUCAAAUAGAUCCUAUAAAUAAACACCACUGGCGAGCAACAAUUGCACGACCUGCAGCAGAGAUUGAUCUCCCUCAAUGCACCCACCUGGCAAGGCAGGAGGAGACUGCCAAACCACAGCUCUCUCCAGUCUAUAGUGACUUAAAAGUUGGCGAUACCCUUACACGGAAAUGUCUCGAAAACCUACUCCCGCGUAUUUGUUCUCAGCUAAAGGGAGACAUUCUCAGCCUUGUUACUCUCGAUAUUCUCAACUCCAGAUGGAAUGUCGGUGUCGAUCUCUCGGCGGCGUGGAAAGUGAACUUGACAGCCACCAAUGUGGUCAGUUUCGUCCAAGCCUGCUCAGGCACCUGUGGCUCCUCCGAAGAUUGUGGUUUAACCCUUGAUAUGGAGAAGCAAGAGGUUGCGGGAUUUGCUAAGGAACUUGUUGAUAAUUCAAUGAAAAACUUGUGCCACGGUGUUCCAUUGGCAACACGCGAGGCUCUCGUCGAUUUACUACAAAGUAUGGCAAACAAAGAGCCGCCGUUGCCUGCUAGUCUCAUACUCAAGGGAUCCCUUAGAAAAGCUCUACUAUUUGCAAAAUUUGGUCCGGAUAUCGAAGGGGGUACCCAGCAGGUUAUUACAUCUGACGCCCUAGGAAGAGAAGGAAACACUAAAUCCCUAGGGGCUAAACCCAAGAGUCGAUGUUCAAGUCCCGUUCUAAGUUAUACCCGUUUCAACGACUCUGAUUAUGACUAUUGUAUUUCUGCAGAGAGCUCUCCGCGGGACUACACGGCGUGCAGCUUGGAAGACUGCGGUUAUUGUGGUCACUGUGAUUACUGA